AUGUAUGUCUCUAACUUAUCAGUAAUUGCUGAAUAUGCUGGCAUGACGGCUAAUAGUUCAGCUUUUUGCCACAAUGACAUGAGAUUCUAUCUCACCAUCGAGCCCAGUCUUGACUGCCGCGGAGUCGCUAGAGGCCAGCUCAAACGCAAGUCGUCCGAACUGGUGUUCUUCCUCUUUGCGUGA